AUGGCCACCCAGCGUCGAAACGGACAGCUGUCCUCAUGCGAGCCAUGUCGCAAGGGCAAGUUGCGCUGCGACCACCAGGUACCUGUCUGUGGACGGUGUGCUCGACGAGACCAGGCGUCGCGAUGCAUCUACCAUCCUGCGCCGAUGACCCGACCGGGCCGUUCCACUGUUAGGAAGCGGACCAGCCGGGUUCAGACAUCGCAGAGUCAGCCACUUCAGGAUCUAGUCGAUUGGAGCCCUCGCCCGGGGGGAUGGCUAGGCCUCACCAGCCCACAGGGUAUCUUUGCCGAUUUGGAGCCCCCGGAAGACCCGGUUACGCCUCAACCGGGACCAGUUGAUCCCCAGCAAGUGACCGUAGGUGUUUCGGUGCUGCAGCGUCUGGAUGAUCUGUCUUUGUAUAAGGAUAUCUGUGACGCGCGGUAUGCAUCGCUGUUUAAGCCGUGGGCGUUUGGCGCCCCGUUUGUCCAGGAACUGGUUGAUCAUAUUCGUCGGCUUCAUCAUGGUGAAGAAGGGUUGGAGGAGGUGGCAAAGACGAUGUUUAGGAAUAGCCAUGCUUCUAUUGUGGUGCGCUCGGGGAUGACCUUUGCUGGGUAUAUAGGGUUGUUGGCGGGCCGAUGGGAGGGCAUUGGAUUGCUCUUUGCCAUUACCGGGGCGUCUAUUCACCAUAUUCGCGGCGAGCAUCCGGUCUUUGUCGAUGCAGAUAAACGCUCGUUGCAGAUGCGUAUGGCGGCUACGGCUGCAACGUGUAUCCAGCUGUGUGAGAAUGCGGGGUUGAUUAGUGAGCCUUUGACUUGGUUGCUGUUUCAGCAGACGAUUCUUGUUAGUAUUUUGUGGGGGAAUACCGACUAUCGUGCGUGGAAACUGCUAGGCGAUGCAUCGACAAUGGCAUUCGCUCUGGGUCUGCACGAGCCCGAUCCUGCAGAUCCAACGGUUCCAUUCUUUCUGGCUGAAUUGCGUAAACGAACCAUGGCUGCGGGGUAUAUCGUGGAUAAAGAACUGGCCACGGUUCUGGGACGUCCUCCGCGUAUUUCCCAUCGGUACUGUGAUCUGCUGCUGCCUUUGGAUCUCAGCUAUGCGGAGAUGAUUGCCGAUGUGUCGACUCGAGAAGUUGCCUUGAGUGAACUUGAUGCAAAUGGAUGGAACCGACAGGGACUGUUAUCGAAAGGGGCCCAUCCCCGGGUUGGAAUAUUGAUCGCAAAGCUCCGAGAGAAGGUCCUGGAAGUGAUUUCGUGUCGUGAACUCGACAAUCUCCCAGAACGAAUCGAGGAAUUAUGCAUCUCAACCCGUCAAACUCGCUCUACCCUCCCUACCUUUCUCCACUGGACUCCCAACAACACCAACCCAUCCAUCCAAUCCAUCCACCUCGACUUUCUCUACACCGAGUUUCUCCUGUACCGCAUCUCCGUGAAACGCACGGGGGUUGGCUCGAUCCCACUCAUCCGCAUUGCGCAUGAGAUCCUCUCACUUAUCCUGGACCGUAUUGCUGAUAUUGCCAACCCGGAUAGAACGUUUUCUGCUAUCGUGCCGGUGGAUUCAUCAUUAUGUUACUAUGCCCUUCCCUGCGCAGGGGUAUUAGCCACUGAACUACUUCAUCAGCACUCCUCCCACUCCCAACCUCAACCCCCAGAACCAUCGCCAGGGCCAGAGGUGGGGUCCGGGGGGGAAGAAAACGAGUUCCCCCGCGCCGAAAUCAUCCAAAAACUCAGCAUCUUUGUCUUUUUCCUAGAGACGUACGUCCCCCCCGGCCAAGCCAACUAUGUCAUGUCGAUGCAGGCGCGGAGAGUGGUGAGGGGGGUGUUGAAUCGGGUGUUGGUGCCGCCUAGUGCUGUCUCGAUGAACGGUACAUCUGAGUUGAUGGGUGGAGGACAGUUCAGUGGGGGAGGGGAGGGGAUGGAGAAUAUAGACUGGUUGGAUGUGGAUGUGGAUGUGGAUGUGGGUUUGGUUAACUGGGGACAGGAGAUGUGGUGGGGGUUGACUUGA